AUGGCCUGGGAGGCCACAUGCCUGCUAUCCUCCAUCCUGCUGGUGCUCCUGGCCUCAGGUUCCCAGGUACGUGACACGGUGUUACAUCAUACAGUGGAGGGCAAGACCGUUGUGGUGAGAUGCCAGUAUGAUUCCAGCCAGCGCUUCAAGAAGAAGGACUAUCCUGAUUAUCAAUUCUUCACUGUCACCAUGACUGCGCUCACAGUGAGAGACUCGGGUCCUUAUUUCUGUGGGAUUGCUGAAAAUCUCACAACGAUCUCUGUUCUCAGAAACAUCCACCUGAAGGUGUCGAAAGAUUCUUCAGGUCUGCCCACCCUAAGCGUCACUCCUACUACAAGUCCAACUAAAGCUCCCAUCCUUAUUACCACAAAACACCUGCCGAGAGACAGGACUGUGACCCAACCCUUCCCCAAGUCCACAGCUGGUGUCUCUUCUCCUGACCCUGGAGUCACCUUCCCAGAUGUGACAACUGUUACCAGGGUCUCCAUAUCCAGCAUCAUUGUUCCCGUGGCCUGUGGACUCUUCAUUAAGACCCUGGUCUUCACAGUGUUGUUUGCUGUCACACAGAGGUCAUUUGGGUGA